AUGUCCGACUACGACGAUGAUGAUUUCAUGAGUGGAAACUCAGACGGAGAGGAGGAGUUUGAGUUCUCGUUUGAGGAGGAUGAGGGAGAUGACGAUAUGAUGGGCGACCGCUUGGAUCAGGACCAACUUGGCGAUGUGGUGGAUUUUGAAAACCUUUAUUACAGCUCAAAGGCACUGAAAGAUGACGAUCUUGGCCAAGCACUUGAAUCUUUUAAGCAAAUUCUGGAUGGUGAUGCACCUGCCUUGAUUGUGGUCAAAUCGUUGAAGCAAUCGAUGAAGAUACAAUACGAACUAGGACGCUACGAACAGGUAAUUGAGCUAUUAGACCAAUUGGUGCACAAACUGGACUCUGUGCCCAGUGCUUAUGCCGAGGAUUCACUCAAGAGGAUUUUGGCUCGGUAUGACAAGCCUCUGACCCACAGUUCGGAACAAUUGAGUUUCCUGGGUGGACUGUAUGAUAGGAUACUCGAGGUUGGUCUCAACGAUGUCCUCGCAACUACCACCAAAUUGAAGAAGGCUGGAGUACUGGCAGAAAUGAACAGAACAGAAGAAGCCCUUGCUAUUUUAUUGGAGCUUGAAAAUGCAUACAACGCCAGUAAUAAGAACUACCUCGAGAUCAUUGCCUCGGAGAUCAAGCUAUUGGUGGAAAACGGAUCCGGGGACUACGCCAGACUACGAAAAUUACACAACAAAUUCUCCAACACCAAUGUUGAUGUGCUUCAUCCUCGAAUCCAAGGCGUUGUAAAGGAAUGCGGAGGACUGCUGGCCAUGAGAUCUCAUGCUUUCCCCAAAGCCAACGAGUGUUUCUACGACAGUUUCAAAUGCUUCGACGAAGCCGGCGACCAUCGCAGGUUGACAAUAUUGCCAAAACUUCUCAUAUCUACUAUUCUGAGUGGAUCUGAGAUCAAUCCUUUUGAAGCGGUGGAGUUCCAAUCAUUUCUCAAAUCGGGGGAUAUCGUCAGUCUCCUAAAGAUAUAUCACGCGAUUCUGGAGCUAGAUAUAUUCUUGUUUCGGAGACUUAUGAAUGACCCAGAAAUGCUUCGUAUAAUAGAAUUUGACGAUUUCUGUCUCACCUAUUUCCCGCUGGUUCGGGAAAAUAUGAAUAGAAGAUACGUUCACAAACUGCUGAAGGCAUACUCAAGGUUGAGUCUGGAAAGACUAUCUUGUGACCUUGAUAUUAGUACACCUCAGGUUGAGCAGCUGCUUCUGAGGAUGUUUGCACAGGGAGAGCUUUCCAAUUUGAAACUGGACAUGCUCAAUGGAGUUGCGGUUAGAGUGACGGAAACUUCUAUUGUGCCAGCCAACAUACCCACUGAGGAAGUGACCUCCAAGCUGAAGGCUCUCUACAACGACGACCAAGAGUAUGCGGGCGAUCGCAAGGCGAGGUCGAGAUUUUUGAUGUCGGCCCAGAGAGAGCCCUUAUUGGGAACUGGUUUCAGAUAUAAGAGGCGAGAUGAUGCGGAUUGGGCUGUGAAGGAAUGGGUUGGUACAAUCAAUUCUGCCGUGCCUAUACCCAAGAAGACCAAAUUGUCCCAGAUCGAACAAAUCCGGCUGGAAAAACACAUGUUGCAGCAAAAGGCCUCUCUCCACCUAUCGGCUUCCUCUACUCUUGAUGAUUCUAUUCCCGAGAUCUUGCAACAAACCACAAUGAACGCGUUGAAUAACAUGCCGUUGCAGGAUGUGGAGCAGGACGAGACCGGGGAGGAAGAGUCGAAAUUGAUGGAGUCGUUCACUAAGUUUACAGUCCAACUGCGGGACCAUGUAAAGAGCUUGAACCAGGAGAUAUCAAAGGAGUUUUGA